AUGCCUCGCCGAAGUUCGCGAAGAGGGAAGAAUACGGAUGCGUUGCCCCGUAAGCGCAUAAAUAUCCAGGAUGACGAUGGCUGGACUCACGUUACAAGUCGCAAUGGAAAUAUCAGGCGAGAGAGCCAAUCUGCACCCAAGGCCACGGCUGCUCCUCUGCUAGACGAGCUAGCUCCAGCAGAGAUUCCAGAUGGCCUAACGUUGAAGAAAAUUGUUGAACAGUAUGAAUCCCAUAAGCAGAGAUGGCAAGAAUCGCAGACAUGGAAAACUUUGAAGACCUCGAUUGAGGAGAACGGCUAUUUUGGUGCGCGUUCGGAAAAUGCAAUCGUGAAAAAUCUCGUUUGCAUAGCGCUAGGAAGUCCCAGUGGCUUCUUACGGGGUGGUCUUGUUGACCGUAGAAGCGUUUCCUUAUUUCAGUUGGCUGCCUUUACCUCCAUCCGUGAUCUACUGACCGGUUCAGAUGAUUCCUCAAGGAUUGAAAAAUGCUAUGCUCAAGACCCCGUUUUUAAUACCCUUGAUACCGAGCUACUGGAAUCGCUCAACAUUGAAGUAUUGAAAGACUCAAGCGCCUUCAAACUGGUCAAUGAAAAUACCCUAUUAUUUGCGCCAGGAAUGGAGAGAUCGCACCUCCUUGAACUACUCCCACUUAAUCCGAUACUCUUCUUCGGCGGUCCGCUGGACAGUAGCCACUCGAUUUCUGCGCCAGAGGAAGAGAGUUCUAUCCUAGCUGAGUUUACGCAAAAGACACAGUCAAUACGACUACCGGAGUUCGAGCCGAACACGGCGCCUUUUUGGGGAACGAGCUUGUUCUGGCGUGCUAGCUGA